CUGUUUCACGGCUCAGUAGAAAAUAAUAAAUGUAAGCAAUUUUCAGCACCAAAUCCAUGCACCAGACAAGAGCCGUUGAAGAAAGCUGACGGUGUACAGCUAUUUGAAACUGCUUUGUACAACGCAUGUUCGGCUCAUUUCAACUGUACUGAUCUGGAGGAUCUAGCAUUCCUCGACGCUGCGCAAAAUGGCAAAUGGAACUUCUUUGGAAACAAUGCAGCUAAACUUCGCGAAGUACAAGCCGACUUAAUGUCCAGAUUGAUGCACAUUCCUAAGGCAAAAGACGUGGUUCUUCCAGGCUGGGGUGGCACACUUGGCCAGUUCUUCACAUGCAAAUUUUAA